AUGAAGCCUGCAGAUGAUCAUCAUGCCGGCCGUCGAGCCCGUGAGGUCUAUCGCUAUUUUCGACAGUCGGCGCGCAUAGAUGAGCCCCUGGCUGUGAACAUCGACGGAUCCCCUAUCCCCGCAAGCCAUCUGCAACGCUCACCAUCCGGCUCGUCAGCAUCACGAGGCUCAUGGACACCCUCGGUAUCAGAGCGGAUGCCAGAUGCCCUGGCCUUGGGUACUGCCAAUGCCACUCUCAACUCAUUUGCGCAGCUGAUUGCAUUGCAGUUGAACAUGGAUCGGGUCUUCAUCAGUGUUUCGGACCGCGACUCUCAAUUUAUUAUCGCGCAAGCUGCUAAAUCGAAAAAGUCAAACAGCAAAUCCGGCUCUUUAAGUGAAGGUUUUUAUGAUGGGUGUCCCACCCUCGAUGUCAAUCUUUGGAAACCGUGUCAGGACACAAUCGCUCUAUCACAAUCCAACAAAGAGCAAGAAGAAUAUAAUUUUAUAGUGUCUCGUGAUAUGACACAAGAUGCACAAUAUAAAGAUCUGCCUUUCGUGAAAGGGGACCCGAACUUUCGAUUCUAUGCUGGCACGCCUCUCACGACAGACAAUAAUAUUAACAUGGGAUGUCUAUUCGUUCUCGACACCAAACCGCAUGCCGACUUCUCAGACUCGGAUAAAGAGAUGAUGGGUACCAUGGGAAUGCUCAUUAUGAACUAUUUGAAAGUCAGCCGCCAGGCCUCCGAAGGUCGCCGCGCAGCCCGACUAUCCCGAGGUCUCAACCUCUUCAUCGACAGCAAGUCUAGCUUUGGAGAAUCAUUCGAUGAUUCAGACACCCAUGACACCCACCGACAACAAAACACGCCUCCAUCUUCAAAGACAAGAGAGAACAACCACCUAGUCGUCAACGAUAACAGCCCGUCUCGACGGUCCCGCUCUCGAGACAGCGACUGCUCCAGCAUAGCGUCAGACAACAGAGGCACCCAGUCAAUGGCUUCCAGCUUUGACUCCAGCGUCAAACCUCGUUUCCCAGGCCUGCAAUCCAGAAAAAGACAAGACUCCGACGAGGAAAAGGGCAAUGCAUGGACAUUCCAGCGGGCAGCGAAUCUGAUCCGAGAGAGUCUCGAGUUGGAAGGUGAUAGCGGCGUUGCUUUCAUCGAGGCUGGAAGCGACCCAGAGCUCGACUAUGAAACUGGCAGUGAUACAGCCAGCUCAGCCAAAGCCCGAAAACCGGCCUCGACGUUAAGCGUUUCUACCGGCGAGAACUCAUUUGGCCUCGAGACUUCGCCUUCGCGGUACCCUGUCUCCAAGAUUGAUGAAGUUUUCCUGCAAGGCUUGCUCAAUCGCUAUCCUCAGGGCAAGAUUUGGUCUUUUCAUCGGGAUGGUAUGUUUUCUAGUUCGGAAAGCGAGGAUAUGCCUCGCGAAAGUCGGUCUAGAACACGUAACCGCUCUCCGAAAUCGAAACGACCAAGGAAGUGGAAGACUCUGGAGAACACCAUGCUUAAUCGCUUGUUCCCGGGAGCCACGCAGGUGAUUUUUGUGCCAUUGUGGAAUACUGCUAAUUCUCGAUGGUUUGGCGGCUGUUUCUGCUGGAACAAUAUCGAGAAUGUUGUUCUUGAUCCCGAGGUGGAGUUGAGCUCUGUUCUGGGCUUUGGGUCUUCGAUCAUGGCUGAAUGCAACCGCGUUGAGGCACAUAUCUCAAAUCGUCAGAAGGAAGAUUUCCUGGGCAGUGUUUCACACGAACUCAGAAGUCCGCUCCACGGAGUUCUAGCAGCAGCAGAGUUGCUUCAAGGCACAAACUUCGAUGAGUUUCAAGGCUCGCUGCUUGAAACUAUUAAUGCGUGUGGCCGCACAUUACUCGAUACCAUGAACCAAGUUUUGGAUUAUACUAAACUGGUCUCCUUGGAAAAGGACCUUCGCCACUUGAAAAGGAAGAUGGCCACCAAUGUCGACAUCAAGAGCUUGAAGCGCUCUGCUGGUCACUUGGAUACAUACACGUCUACAGACCUAGCUCUUUUGUCCGAAGAGGUAGUAGACGGUGUUUGCCUGGGCCACUCUUACAGCCAGCGUCCUGCGGCGUCCCUUGAUACGACGGUCGCUCAUUUGACUCACGUCAAAUCAACGGACUUAGAUAUUCCCGAGCUCCAUGUGGAUGUGACGUUGGAUAUUGCACAACACGAUUGGAACUAUCACAUGCCUCCUGGGGCCUUCCGACGUAUCAUCAUGAAUCUACUAAGCAACGCCGUCAAAUAUACAGACUCUGGUAGUGUUUCCGUUUGCUUGGAAGCCAAGGAGGCGCCAGAGAACCGGUUCCUUCAAAACAACGCCCGGGAAGAUCUGAUCGUUCUCACAGUCUCUGACACUGGCAGAGGUAUGUCAGCGGAUUUCCAGCGAGGCAGAUUGUUCGUGCCUUUCUCUCAGGAGAGCAGUCUCAAUGAAGGAACCGGCUUGGGCCUUUCCAUCGUUCGAAGUCUUGUCAAGUCAUUGAGUGGUACUAUCAGUGUCGAUAGCCGUUCAGGAGAAGGUACAAGCAUCAAAGUGGCUAUUCCUUUGGCGCACCAUGAUCCAGAAGAAUUUUGCAGCAUUUCAGGUGCUUUGCCAUCACCCCCACAAGAAGACACCGACUCUUCUACGAACGAAAUUCGCCUAUUGCGGGACACCUCCCUUGGUAAAAAGGUCGCCAUACUUGGCGUUGAGCCCGAUGAUGCACCCAAGCAUCCUGUAUGGGGAACGAUCUCUCAGUACCUAGUCGACUGGUACGGCAUAGAGUUGGUUUCACCGUCAUCUGGCACCAGUAUCGAUGUCAUCUUGGCGGACAAACCACCAUUGGAAACAGAAAAGCAAUCUUUUGCGGACCCCAACCAGGCUGUUCUUGUUGUGAGCAGCAAGUACGUGGGCCACGACAUUAUCCGAGCGGAAUGGGCUCCAUUCUCGAAGAUGGUGAACAUUAUCAGCCGGCCAUGUGGCCCCCACAAGCUUGCUAGGUUCCUGCAGAAAUGCUUCGAUCAAGAAUUCUCUCCGUCUAACUCGGAGCCACCUGUUCCAUCUCUCCCCGAUCCGGAACGUCCCUCAAAUCCUGUUGAAGACACUCCUUCGGUCGAACGUCCCGCCGCGGAUGACGACAAAACACCCACACCAGAUAACAACCCUCCUCCUGACACAUCCCCAUUACCCUCCCUCCCCGCACAAGUCAGCCCUCUUCCACCUGCCUCCGCCGAAAAUACAGAGACACCAGAAGAGCCCCGCAAACCCCGAGUCCUUGUGGUUGAAGACAACAAAAUCAACCUAAACCUAAUGCUUGCAUUCCUCAAAAAGCGCAAGCUGGUGACCCUCGACUCAGCCGAGAACGGGAAACUCGCGGUGGAUGCAGUCGAGAAGUUAGAAGGGAGCUAUGAUAUAAUUUUCAUGGACAUCUCAAUGCCAGUCAUGGAUGGCUUUGACGCUACGCGAUCUAUUCGCGCCCUUGAGAAGCAGCGCGGUAUUGAUUCUCCUACUUCUACCAUCAUUGCACUUACGGGAUUGAGUGGCUCCAACGAUGAGCUCGAAGCUCUUGGUGCAGGAAUGGAUCUUUUCCUCACGAAACCUGUUACCAUGAAAAAUGUCUCGAAGAUCCUGGAUCAGUGGCAAAGAGGGUUGCAAGAUCCUUGA